AUGGCACGGAUAGGCAUUUUAGCUCGGUUGGUGCCACCCGACGCAACACCGAUAAAAACCUCGACUGAGACUUACAACGGGUGGGAUUUGGAGGUACUCGAGGUUUAUUAUCCUGCUGGCGCGCUCCCCCCCUCCGAGCUGGAGGCGGGCUCCUUCGACUACUAUUACACCCACACGGCGGAGGGAACGACAAAAUGGCUUGUCAACCUGACAUACACCGCCCCGACCACCUGUCCAACCCCCUUGGAAUACACGACAGCGAUCAACCUCGAGGAGUUUGGACGACUUCCAAGAGAGCUCACCACUAUUCUGGGCCCGAAGGCCAGCGCCGAAGAACCUACUAUUGUUACAUCCACAAGAACUACUUGGGCUUUGUCCGUCGACAACUAUGUGUCACUCACCGAAACCUCCUACUACACAUCUGCGACGUUACACGUACAACCAACCGACAUUGCGCCAGCGCCCAUCGAGGCACUGAGAGAUUCGCAUGCAUGGGGCAUCGAGUACUACCUUAAACAAUGUUACCUGCCAGGCGAAGAGGAUCCGCGGAUCAAAAAUUGUCCACAUCAGGCUUUCGGACGCUGCAGCAAAAUCGAAGAAGGGCCCGCCGUCAUGAUUACCAUCGUUGGAGCCCUCUUUGUUCUCGGCUUUAUUGAAAAUAUUUUCUGGUUCAGGAGGUUGAUGUUGGGCCGGUGGGCUCUUCGGUGCGGCACGGUAUGCUGGUGGUUUAUUGCGACGUUGCUCAUGAUCUUUGUCACCAAAUACGAAGUCGGGAGGAACGCCGAGGACCAGGAGGUUCUGAGGAAGCAGUGGAAGGAGAUGUCGUUUUGGUUGAAGAUUAAGCUGUGGCUUCUGUGGGGAUUUCGACACAAGUAUCCUGAGCGCUGGCUGGGGCCUAAAAAGCCGGUUAGUGUGGAGGAAAAAAUUGAGAUGGGAAAUGCUGGAGGAGAUAAUGGAGGCGGCAAUGGAGGGGGUAGUGGUGGUGGUAGGGCUAGCGCUAAUGGGGGAACUCGCGCGAGAGAGCAGGUGGAGCAGGAUGACACACCUUUGCCAGUUUAUCCCGGCCCUCCUUCCUCAAGUGUCAGUGAUGGGCAUUCGAUGAACAGCGGGACAACAGCUGCCACGCGGGGGCCGGUCUUGGGAAACCUAAAUGCAGUUCUUGGACCUGUGGUAGGUUCUGGGACUGUGGUCAUCGGGCCGACGAUGAGUCCAGGUCAGCAAUCGCCUGCUUCUCCGCGGCGACAGGAUACGGAUCAGGGUCAUGCGGAUGGUGGUAUCAGGGCUGUUUAA